GCAUGCUCGACAAAUGUUGCUGCCGUCGCCCGGAGAAGCAACACACUGGGGAUGGUCUCUUCAUCAUUAAAAACAAUAUCAACGGUAUAUCUCCACAAAAUGAAGUUACCCUACUCAUAGAUUCGCGAGGAUAUGGUGAGGAGAAGGUGUCCCAUGCUGCAUUAGUGGAAUAGUGACAUGCUGGCCUGUCUGCCAGCAUCAGGUGACCCUACCAUCCGACUUCUCUCCCGCACGCAGAUGAACACUGGACUUCAGAAAUGGGAAACUACACAGAAGAUGAGAUCUGUCAGCUAUCCAACCCCAGCAGAGUUGGAUGCCUAUGCUAAGAAAGUUGCCAACAACCCUCUGACCAUCCAGAUCUUCCCCAACAGUGUCAAAGUACCUCAAAGGAAGCACAUUCGCCGCACAGUAAACGGGCUUGACACAUCGUCGUCCAGCCAACGCCACAGUCCCUACCCCUCUCAGGUCAGCGCCAGUGGCGGCCUGCUGGCUGUCCUCCGUGCGCCUGCUAAAGGCGUCAUCAAAGAAUCAGACGGCAGCCGCGCCCGACAGCUUCAUAAGGCCGUCAUGAACCCUCACAGUGGACCAUACGCCACUCAAAGCACUUUAAACCUUCCUCAGCCUGCUCCUCACCUACAGGGCCCGUCGCAGCCUGUGGCCCAGGCUGCCCAGAAGCAAGGCAUGGUUCACCCGCAGGCGCUACAGCAACAGCAGCAAAGCAUGACUCAUCCAAUGACUUUACAGCAGCCUCAAACUUUGCCGAACCCACAGGCUUUACAGCAAAGGAACAUGGCUCAUUCACAAGCUCUGCAGCGGCAGCAGAGUUUGUCCCAGGUUCAGACUUCACAGCAGCAAAGAUUGGCUCACCCACAAGGCAUACAGAGGCAGCAGAGUCUGCCUCACACCCAGGCACUACAGCAACAGCAGAGCCAGUCUUGUCCAUCAGUCAUACCACAGCAGCAUCUUUCUCACCUGCAGACAUUAAAGCAUCAGACGGCUCCUCCGCAAGCUUUACUUACACAACAAGGUGUGACUCAGGAUCUGCGCCACAUGUCUGAUGGAGCUCAGCUUCCGAGCCUGCAGCAUGCCCAGGGUCUAGUUGGCUCACAGCCCCCUCCCCAGGCUGUGGGUGCAGGACCUCCGACCAUGCCUAACAGCCUCCAGCAGCCCCCGCCGGGGGCAUACGGGCCCCGGAAGCUCCCUGACGCAGAUGCCCCACCAAAUGUAACUGUAUCUACCUCCACCAUCCCACUGUCCAUGGCAGCCAGCCUGCAUCAGAACCGGCCUGGCGACCUGAGCAGCAUCGUGCACCAAAUCAACCAGUUGUGCCAGGCACGGGCUGGCAUGGGCUCCACCUCAGUCUGUGAGGGCCAGAUCGCAAACCCCAGCCCCAUAAGCCGCAACCUGCUGAUCAACGCCAGCUCAAGAGUAUCAUCUCACCACCUGGCUCUGGGCGCUGUGCCCAGCUGCCUUAUUGUGGGACCCCCGGACAAAGCUACAGCUCAGACUCCCAGUGCUGCUCUUCAUACACAGCCCAAUAUAGCUGCUACUAACAGUAUGCCUGCCUUUCAUACAGACCAAGAGAAGGUACAACUGCAGCAGCAGCAGCAGCAGCAGCAGCAACAACAACAACAGCAGCAGCAGCAGCAGCAGCUUCAGCACCAUUUACAUCAGCAGAAACAACAACAGCAGCAGCAUCAGUUACAGCAGCAGCAGCAUUUACAACAGAUACAGCAGCUGCAGCAGCAGCAGCGCUCCUGGGCCCAACAUCAACUGGCUCACAUGCAGCAGCCACCCGAGGGGGCCCAUCCCUGCAAGAACCCAAGGAUGGAGCCUCCGACUGAGUGUGCUUUCCCCUCUCGAAACCUCAACUAUUCCCACAAGCUACCCAACACUGCACAGUCCUUCCCUCUAAAACACCCAGCAGAAAAGCCACGACCAUCAUCCCCUGUUAACUGCCCAGUAGGUUCUAUGCCUUACAUUAAUGGCCACUACAUGCAGCCACCGUGGGGCAGCAUCCCAUCCACAGCAGGUAACAAUGGAUCUGGCCCUCAGGACAUCCCAGUGGCCUUCCAGGGAGGGCAGGCUGCUGCCUCCACAGACCGCAUCCCAGGGGCAAAGUACAGACCGGGGAAAGAGGGUCUUACCGGCCAGUCGAAGUUGUUGCAGAAUGUGGAUUUCCUAGGAGGUGACUUCCAGAUGCCCAGCUUUCAGGAGCAGAACAUGGAUGUGAUGGAGAAGAUGCACAGGUCAGCCAUGGGCCAAGUUCAGGAGCCCAGUAAUAGCGGAGGUGUCCACACUCAUCACCCAGGCUACCGAUAAAGCGUGAGCUUAUCCCACUUGGUGUGUUUUUUGAGUUUUUUUUUUUUCCUCAACAGCUACUUUCAGCUUCUAAUGGUUUAUUCUUUAAGAUCUUGCAAGUGAUCAAUUACAUUUUAUUGCUUCAGAGCUUGAUUUGUAGACCCACCAGGUUGUGAUGUUUCAAAGUAUUCCUCAGGUCUUAAGCCAUGUCGUACCUUUUGUUGCAGAUGAAGGGUUUUUGAGAUUGUUGUUCCACUGUUGAGUAGAAUUCCUCUUUUUUUCAUCACUGGCAUGGAUGUGCUGCUCUUUGUUCAUGUAUAUACAGUGUUCUAAAAAUAUUCAGUUGCAGCUGAGAAUAUUCUUGCCAUAAGAUUGUCACAGUGCUAUUCCCAGGUUGACAUGGAACAACUUUUUUUCAGCAUUUGUGGCCUUACAACUGCCCAAAGGCAAGAUUUAAGGAUGUCCUUGUGUAAUGUUUAUAUUUGCAAUUAUUUAUCCUUUUAACAGGUUUGUGAUUCAUUUUGAAAUGAGAAGGUUACAUGUAUAUGCAAUUAACAAGACUGUUGAUAAGGUUUUUUUUUUUGUUUGUUUGUUUUUUUUUUUUGGUCCCAGGAGCUCCCUUCCCCCCCCCCAUAGUUGAGGUGUAAAACUCGUUAACGGGCCUAAACGAAAGGCGCGUCUCAUCUAUCAGGAAUACAACAUGGCUUCUGAACUGCAAAACCCGUGAGCGGGUGGUCCGGGUAGUUAUUGCAUUUUGUUCCAUGAGGUGAUCAGUGUGCAAAGAAUGGCUACCUAUCAUCACUGUUGAGCAGAAUUUUUAGUUACUGUAAAUACAAGACAAAGCCAGCACUAGCAAAAAACAAAAAAACAAAAAACAGUAACAUUCUCCAUUUCUGAGAUUCAUGUUCUUAAGUUGCGAGUAGUUUCUCUUAAGUUUGGAAAAGUCUAAAGUGCCCUCUCUCGUGUGUAAUAUUUCAAGAAUUGCUUUUUGAAGAAGUAGUCUUUCUUUUUAUUACAUAUUUUUUUUGUCGUAAUUCUGUAGAUGGUCCUACCUAAACUGUAGAAAUUUACUUUUUUUUUUUUUAAAUGUUACGCUUAACAUUUGGCAAAGGAGCAGAGGACUCAGUUAGCCCCUAUUUGUCUAUAGCUAAUGUGAAACAGAAUGGCAUCCCAUUGUUUAUUAAAAUAAUGUAUGUAUGUGAAAAAGCAAAUUGAUCACUUGCAAGCAUGCAAGUACUUCAGAUAAUGCAAGCUGGGAAAACGCUGAAUUUCCCCUCUAAUGCAUUUCCUCACCACUUUACUACUGUAACGCAAGUGAACUGAUGUGGUGUCGACAUAAUCUGUGUGGCUUGUGGUGGGCUGUUCAUCUACUAAUCACUGGCCUUACCCUGUGUUGUAUUUCUGCUACCUAUAAGGAAAAAGUAAGAACAUUUUAACGCAGGUUAUGUUUUUUGCUAGAUGUGUCUAGCAUGAAGCUCUGAACCCCCAUCUCCUCCUCCUCCUCCUCCUCUUAAGUCCUUUUUUUUUUUUUUUUCGGGUUGAUGUUGUCUGGGCAUAUAUUGCUCCGCUAUCCUCAAGCCUUCUGGAAUAAGCCUUAAAUGUCACAGUAGUUAUCCUCUACUUAAUACUUACCAUAACUGACCUUUCUUUGCCAGGAUCCAAACUUAAGUAUGGCUUCAUUGUGAGAAAGAGAAGAAGAAAAAACAAAAAACAAAAAAAGUUCCCCCUGAGCUUUGGUUCCAUUGGAAAUCUGUUAAAACUGUCAGAUCAUUGUGAUCGUAUGUAUAGGCAGUGGGAAUGGAUGAUAUUGCCUUAAAUGGAAAUAUUAAGGUAAUAACGCUUCUCCUACCUGUUGAUAAAUCACCAUCCUACUGUCUCAAAUGUUGCCUAUCUAUCAAGGAUUUAAGAUGAUUUUAUGAGUAAAAUAUGAAUAGUAUUUAGCAGAGUUAGUAGGUAUGUAGAACAGGGCUGUAGCAGUUAUUUUUAAAGUAUUUGGACUGUGUUUUUAGUUGUUAUUAAUAAAUAUUCUGAUUUAUAGUUUCUUAAUUUAUUUUUUUUGGACCACUGCAUCCUGAAGCCAUAGGUGUUUUUUCACAUUAGGUGCCAUAGGUGACACAUAUUGACACAAACGGUGUGAACUGAUUCGUCUUCACUCAGCGUCGAAAAUAAAGAGGUUUGCAUCCAUCGCUUUAAAUCCGAUGUCUUUCACAACGCCGAGCAUUUUUUUUUUUCCUCUCUCUGAAUCAUUCUCAGAACACAGUACAGGUCAAAAGGGAGAAAGAACGGCAUGAUGAUGAUGAUGAUGAUGAUGAUAUCAUCUUCAGAGAAAGACAGCCGAGAUGCAAGCCGUAGCUUUUUUUGGAUUUUGGUCUUCAUACUUGAUGGCAGUUUAUUUUAUUUUUUUUUCCUGGCUCUCAUUUUUGAUGUGCCUGCCCCUUGAAGCUGCUAUUGAAUUUAAUCUUAACACACACUAGUAUGAUUGGUGUGUGCGUGUGUAUGAAUAGUAAUGAUGUAUGGGCUGUAUCAGUGGAAAUAAGUUCAAAUUUAUGGGAUAGGCACAGGGCUAAAUUUGCCACCACUUAAAACGCUGGUAAAUUUGGCUGUUUGUCUGUAUCGCCGGCCAUAUUUGGGAAUUAUUCUAUAUUCUAAAUAUAUAAUAACUGACUGGUAUUCUAAGUGGCUAAGAGUGAUUUCCAGGAGUCUGACACACUGUGGCCUAAAGACUGACAACUCCCAGGCCUGUUUGGGUUUCUUUAACUAUAAAAAAUCAACAGUCACUGAGAGAAAACACUAAACGAUCUCACAGACCUGUCCUGUUAAAUUCUUUUGAACUGCCUCGUUACAGCCUGACAUAGGUUCAGGUUCUACAGUUUCAUAUGAAGUGCCUCCACUGGGCGUAGUAUGGAGAAAAAAUGUGUGAAUGGAUGCUUGCGUGUGUGUAUGUUAAGCUUGGGUACUUGCACACAGACUGUGCACGCAGACAAAAAGGUGCACGAAGUUAAUCUCUGAUGGGGGACCAAGCUACUUAGUGUAACUACUGAUACUGUGUCAUGGACUGAAGUCCUGAAGUGUGCCACGAUUCCUAGACACUGUCGGGAUGUGUGAACUGUUUGCUGCUGACUCACUGACCAAAGUGACCAAGCGUCCCUCUCUGUAACCACCCCCAGCCAAAAGCCUUGGCAAGCUUGUAUUUGGGAACUUAAUGUUUAUAACAGUAAUAAGCAACAACCUGGUGACAUAAAGGAGAGCUGCUGCCCUCAUUUGGACUGUUAAAAGAAAAAUCUUGUGAAGUAAAAGUGUAAAGAUGUGAACAGAGCAUAAAAUAAUCUAGAGCGAGGAGUGGUUCCUGUACUGCACAGUACACCCCAAUUGUUUUUUCUCCAGGCAAAAUUCAGAUCUUUGUAUGUUUUUUGUGGUUCCAUUUCACAAUAUCAUCAUGUAGAGAUCCUACGUCUUUUCACCCAACAGUACAUGUCAAUAUGCACUGUAAGAAAUCUUAACUACUUAAGCACAUUGUAGCUCAUGUUAGUUGACUCAGAUGGCAAUAUUUAUUGGGGCACAGGUAUGUACCAGCUCUCUCUAGAUUUAUUUUUACUCUUAAUAAAUAUGAUUGUCUUUGAUUAUCGAAGAUCUAUCAUGAACGGUGGUGGAGGGGGCCUUACUUUCUCUACUUUGUGAAAAAUGUGAUAUUCCAGUUUUGCCUAACCUUCAGGAAUAAAAUGUCUUGCACAAACAUUCCCCCCCUAACCAAAAUAAAGUUUGCAAACACAAA